UUCGGACAUCAAUUUCAUAGACUCCCGAACUGGAAGUCUGGAAUCCCAAGUCUACGAGACUACGACCUGUUUCGCCGAAUGCGUCCUUUACUCCACUUCUCCCAGAGAUCAGUUUAGCAGUGGAUUGAAGAUUUCGUGGUCAAAUUCAAUUGCGGUCAAAUUUCUUGCUCUGGUAAUCUGGGGAAGGAUGUCGGCGGCGGCGGAGGAGUCAAGUGAGGCAGGCACCAUGGGCGAAGAGGUUUUGAAGCUCAAAGAGAAGCUUUCUCAAUGCCGACUUGAAAGGGAGCGGCUCCUGACAGAGAACAAGAGAUGGAAGAUCAAGAAGAAACUUCUUAUGCGGGGUAUAGAAAAACUAGAAGACAAGAUUAGUAAAGAACAAGAAGUGUUUCUGUGUGUAGGAUCUGAAAAUUAUGAGAGACAGAUUACACUCUACAAGAACUUGAACACUACGAACAACAGUAUGUGGCAGCUAGGGGACGAAUUGUCCAAAGUAGAUGACGAAUUGGCCAAACUAGAUGAGGAACAGUACAAGUUUUUUGAUAGUGAAAGGCCUUGUGUGGGAACAGAAGUGGAGAAGAAAAUAAGGCCGUCACAAUCAAAGACAGAGAAGCUGGAUAAGCUAUACUCAGAGAUGAAUAAGAAACGGGACGAUUUAUUAGCUUUUCUUGAAACUCGUACAAAAAAUGCAGAAAUCACCGAUGAUGUGAAGGCUCUGGUGAGAGACCACUAUACUCAAUAUAUUGAGACACUCAAGACUGAUGAGGACGAGUAUGCACUGAAAACAAAGAUUAUGGAUAUUAUUCUACCACCGGGUUCUUCUCAGAAGCAAAUUGGGAUGUUUGCCAGGGUUGAUUCUAUAUCUCCAAUCUCUGCUGGGAUUUCAAAGAUUUUGAACUUUCUAAGAAAAUAGAUGGAGUCCAACGAUGCGAAGGAUAACAUCCUAUAGGAGGAAGAGACGAGAACGGAGAAAGAAAGUACCACGUGUCUGGAGAUCCUGGCUAAUGCUCAAUAGGAAAUAAACUUUGGAACUUUAUCAUCACAUAAUAAGUUGAGGAUCUGUUAGCAGUUUGACUUUUGAUGGAAGAGAAGACAUGGAGGACAUUGAACCUCCUCAUAAUAAUCAAAUUUAGGAUUUUCAGUUUGUUUACCCUCAUUAUACAUGGAAGUAUUGCAGUUGGAGGGAUUGGUGUCUCUGUUUAGCCUUGUGGUUCUUAUUUGUGCGGGCUAAGUUCAAUUACAUCGAAGGGUAGUCUUCUGGUUCUAACGUGGAACCACAUUGUUUAAAUUACAUGCUCCCUCUUAUUUAAUCUUGUUAUGAAUUUUCUAUGUUAAUAGCACAUGUUCAGGAGUCGGUUAUUUCUUGGUAAUUGCGGUUACUGAGGGAAUGGUUUGAAUAACUUUUUGCUCUUCGAGGUGGAAAAUGUACCAUGUAUCUCGGAUUUCAAAAUAUUAUCUUGCUUUCAGGUAACGGAUUAA